CACCCUUUAUCGGCGCCCCUAAGAAUGACCCCCUGCAGGCCAGGCGGCUCCGGAAACGUGUAGGGGCUCCUCUCCUGCCUCAGGAGACGGAGAAGGGAGGAAGCCCGUCGACGGUACCGGAACUGGACCUGCGCGGUGUCCGGUUUCAGCGAGGGACGACUAAGGCCGACGUUCCCGUCUCCCGACUUCCGGUUCCUGUUUGUGGUUCACUUGGCUGCGGACGCGAUGGAGGAACCUGAGAUGCAACUCAAGGGGAAGAAAGUCACAGACAAGUUCACCGAGAGCGUGUACGUGCUGGCCAACGAGCCUUCUGUGGCACUCUACCGCCUGCAGGAGCACGUACGCCGCUCUCUGCCGGAGCUGGCCCAGCACAAAGCGGACAUGCAGCGGUGGGAGGAGCAGAGCCAGGGGGCCAUCUACACAGUGGAGUAUGCCUGCAGCGCCGUGAAGAACCUGGUGGACAGCAGCGUCCACUUCCACAGCGUCGAGGGACUGCUCAGACAGGCCAUCAACAUCCGGGACCACAUGAACGCCUCCGCUGCCCAGGGUCACAGCCCCCAGGAACCACCCCCACCCUCCUCAGCCUGAUUCCAGGAGAGAUUGGAGGUGCCUGGCCUCCCCCACCAGUGAGAAAAUGAAGACUCCAAGUGGUGAGACAGUGGUCCCAGGGUCAUUGAAAGUGCUCAGAUUCACACCUGGACCCUCUGACCCUCCAGCUCAGCCCCUCACCCAGCCCCAGGACUGCCACCCCAGCAUGGACUGAGAUGAAGAUGGGAAACUAACGUGUUCUGUUUCUCCGCACUCCUGCCCAGAGCUCUGGGCCCGGCUGAAGCCAUGACUGCCUCUCAAGACACCCGCACAGCUCCCGGGCUCUUAGCUGCCCCGAGUACAGUCAUCCCUGUCCCCCGUCCACAUCCCUGGCAUGCCCACAACUAUCCUGGUCCGGCAGGUCUCCUCCAAACAGGCGUGAGAAGCCAGCAUGGCGUGCCCAUCAUCACAGCUCUAGACAAGCAGGCCUGGGUGUGGUGGGGCCCAGCCUCACAUUGACACUGGGAUGUUGGGCCUGGCACUGGGUCCUCUGGUCCUACCUGUCUUCACCAGGACCACUUGUAUGGCCUGGGGUGGGCAUCCGGGCAUCUGCCUGCCUGGCCUCAAUUCUAUCUCCAGCAGAAAUUCCCCCAGGCCUGGAGGAUUUUGAGAAGCCGCCCUCCCUCCGGGUGGGAAUGGGACCCUGGCCUGGCCAAUCAACUCCCAGCUUACUCAGGAAGUGGGUAAGACAAGCUUCCCAAGAACAUGGCCUGGGGGCACCUGGACACAACUGAUCUGAGGCCAGCUCAUCUUGCUACUUGUCUACCCAUCACAUGUAUGAGCGCAUAAAUCACCAUUUUUGCAAAAAGUUGCUUUGCAGUGCUUUUCAUGGCUGGCGGUGAAUUCCAAGUCUGGACUGUCACUUGGCCGCCGAAUGUACAUCACCAGAGCCAGCUGUUCACCAGGGUCACCUUAGUCCCAGAAUCCUUUGUUCAUGUGAAAUGGGUCCAGGAGAUUUGAGUGGCCUUCAGGGUGUGUGGCCAGGGUGGGUCCUAGGCCAACUGCUCUGGAAGGGCCCCCCAACUUGACAUUGAGAGAGAGAGGUGGCAAAGGCCAGGGACAUCCCAGAGGAGUUGGUAGGCCCUAAGGCUGAAAAGGAGCCCAAGGAUACUGGCGGGAUGGUGGUGGAUCUGGGACACAGGA